AUGCAGAUACAAAAACAAGAAAACAUGAAGAGACAACAAGAACAAAAGAAGGAUUUCUGUGCACAAGUUACUGUUCAACUUAUGUUGAAGGAGAUUCAAAAGGGUUCCAAUGCUGAGAACAUUGUGUUGUCUCCAUUAUCUUACACUGCUGUACUGAACAUGACAGCAGCCGGAGCAACGGGACCUACGUUAAAACAAAUGCUUGAAUAUCUUGCAGUCGACAGUAUCGAUGAUCUGAAUUCCAAGUUCUUAGCUAUGGCUGCUAUAGCCACGAGCAAUAAGGGUGAUGGGGGUCCUGAUGUGUGCUUCCUUAGUGCACUCUGGCUAAAAGAAACACUUCGUCUCAAAAAGUCUUACCAAGAACUAGUUAAGAAUGUCUACAAGACAACAGCAAAAUAUGUUGAUUUUGGACGAAAGAUAUGA